AUGCCUUUCAUGCUUGAUAUCAACCCCGAACAGCAGCCUCAACCGGCCCGGAGCACCUACAGCCUCGAACGCUGGGGAAAUGCACCUCCAGGUUCGGGUCCGUACAACAAUCUCGACGUUCCGCGUGAGCUGGUCCUCGAGAAGAAGCAUCAGAAGAUGGCCAAUGUCCAGACAUGGUAUAACACUGCAGUGAGUGCUGCAUUCCGAUUCUAG